GCUGGGCAGUGCGGCGAAUUUAUGACAGUUGUCCCAAAGCCAACCAUAUUGAGGUGGCGAAAAGAAAUUAGUUGAAAAAUAAAUCGCGAAAAUGGCUUUUGCUUUGGCCAGAGUGCAUGCAAUUCCAAAGCAACAAAUUGCGGCAAUUUAUCCACUUUUUGUGCAUUGCCAGCGUCGUGGGAACUCAUCUGGACCUCCACCACCACCCAAUGCACCCCCGCCGCAGACGAAGACAAAAUUCGGGCCAUUGGCUGAUCAGGAUAGGAUUUUUACGAAUUUGUACGGGAGACACGAUUGGCGGCUCAAAGGGGCUCUCAAACGCGGUGAUUGGUACAAGACCAAGGAGAUUCUGCUGAAAGGAGCUGAUUGGAUUAUUAAUGAAAUCAAAGUGUCUGGUCUACGGGGUCGUGGAGGAGCUGGAUUCCCGUCGGGGCUCAAGUGGUCCUUCAUGAAUAAACCCUCAGAUGGUCGUCCAAAGUAUCUCGUGGUCAAUGCUGACGAGGGAGAGCCUGGAACGUGCAAGGAUCGUGAUAUUAUGCGCCAUGAUCCUCAUAAACUUGUUGAGGGCUGCCUGAUUGCCGGACGUGCAAUGGGAGCUCAGGCUGCCUACAUUUACAUUCGGGGUGAGUUUUACAAUGAAGCCAGCAAUAUGCAGUAUGCCAUUGCUGAAGCCUACCAGGCUGGAUUGAUUGGGAAGAAUGCCUGUGGCUCUGGCUAUGAUUUCGAUGUAUUUAUGCAUCGUGGCGCUGGAGCGUACAUUUGUGGCGAGGAAACGGCUCUGAUUGAGUCCCUGGAAGGGAAACAGGGCAAGCCGAGGCUCAAGCCACCAUUCCCGGCUGACAUUGGUGUCUUUGGAUGCCCAACGACCGUGACAAAUGUCGAAACAGUGGCCGUUUCACCGAGUAUCUGUCGCAGGGGCGGAGUCUGGUUUGCCAGCUUCGGACGCACCCGGAAUUCCGGCACGAAACUCUUCAAUAUCUCCGGCCAUGUGAACAAUCCCUGCACCGUGGAAGAGGAAAUGUCUAUUCCUCUCAAGGAGCUGAUUGAGAGGCAUGCCGGAGGCGUUCGUGGAGGUUGGGAGAAUCUCUUGGCUGUCAUCCCUGGAGGCUCAUCCACUCCGUGCAUCCCGCAGAAUGUCUGCACUGACGUCAUGAUGGACUUUGAUGGUCUCGUAGCGGCUCAAACGUCCCUGGGAACGGCAGCAGUCAUUGUCAUGGACAAAUCCACGGAUAUCAUCCGUGCCAUUCACAGACUCUGUGAAUUCUACAAACACGAGAGCUGUGGCCAGUGUACUCCGUGCCGCGAAGGAUUGGGCUGGAUGAAUAAGAUCAUGGGGCGCUUUGUGACAGGAAAUGCCAAGAAGGCAGAAAUUGAUAUGCUCUGGGAGAUCUCGAAGCAGAUUGAAGGGCAUACAAUUUGUGCCCUGGCCGAUGGAGCAGCUUGGCCGGUUCAGGGACUCAUUCGGCACUUCAGACCGGUCAUUGAGAAGCGCAUUGAGAGCUUCCAGGGGCAACAAGUGGCACAGAGGCAGUGAUUGUUGGGGACGUCCCAUAGCAAGAAACUCUCCAUUGAGGAUCACAUUCAAUUGUAAGUAGAUGCAAUGGAGAGAUAUUUAAAUUCUAAUUCAAAAUAAAUAAAAAUAAAAUAUUAUUGUG